GCGGGGCCGGUUGCGCGCGCAGAUGACGCUCGGUUGGGCAAGCCAAGAUGGCGGCCGCUGUGUUUCGAGCUGCUCUGCGGGAUUGGAGGAGCUGCGUCCGGUGGAGCUGCAGGAGCCGGCAGCUGAGCCAGACCCAGGGGUCUCCUGAUAAGCCCAGCUUUGUGGAGUCUGUGGACGAAUUCCAGUUUGUGGAGCGCCUGCUUCCCCCUACCAAAAUCCCAGAGCCACCAAAGCAUAAGCAUUAUCCCACUCCCAGUGGCUGGCAGCCUCCUACAGAUCCCCCUCCCAGCUUGCCCUACUUUGUUCGGCGUUCCCGCAUGCACAACAUCCCUGUCUAUAAGGACCUCACGCAUGGCAACCGACAGAUGACCGUGAUUCGGAAGGUGGAAGGGGACAUCUGGGCUCUACAGAAGGAUGUGGAAGAAUUUUUGAGCCCACUGCUGGGAAAGACACCUCUCACCCAGGUUAAUGAGGUGACAGGUACUCUUCGAAUCAAAGGCUACUUUGAUGAGCAGCUUAAAGCCUGGCUUCUUGAGAAAGGCUUCUGAAUGAUGAUCAGCCCAUGAGGCAGCGCUCUCCACAGACUGGCAUCCAGAGAGGAAGUGGAUUUGGAGUCUCUGGAAUGGGAUGUAGUACCUAGGGCUUUGAGAUAAGGUUUUGCUUUCAUAAAGGGGAAAAAGGCCUCUAUGUGUUAAGCGUCCACAUGGGGAGAGCUGCCCAGCAUCAGCAUCCACAAGCAAAAGGCACACUAGGCACACUAGCAAGGGAGACAA